GAGAUGGCCUUGUCGCUGCAGUCGACGCAGAAUUCAAGAGGUGUAUCAGUACGACCUCUUUCUACAAUGCGUCAAGAAUCUCUUCCGAUGCUGGCGGAGAGACUGCUUGCAAGCCGCGCUGCCGCUCUGGUAGCAGGUCUACCGGCCGAGCUAUACUCGGGUGCGCUACUGGCAGCGUGGCCUCCGUCGCCACCUACGCCCUUGCUUCCACCACCCGAACUGGAUCGUACUCGUAAGCGACGUCGCACGCCUAAGCUCGAUGACCAAUCUACUGCACCACCUUCGCCACCGUCCUCAGGUUCUUCGCCUGGUGCAACCGACCCGCCCCGUGAUAAGCUCUUCACCUGUAAAGUCUGUUCUCGUUCCUUUGGUUACAAACACGUUCUGCAAAACCACGAACGGACACACACGGGAGAAAAGCCGUUCGAAUGCAGCGAAUGUCACAAAAGAUUUACUCGUGAUCAUCAUCUUAAGACACAUUUACGUUUGCACACCGGUGAGAAGCCCUACAGCUGCCCACACUGCCCUCGUCAUUUUGUCCAGGUUGCUAAUUUACGCCGCCACCUCCGUGUGCACACUGGAGAGAGACCAUAUGCUUGCACUCGUUGCCCUGCACGUUUUUCUGACUCUAAUCAACUAAAGGCACAUGCGCUAGUCCAUGAAGGCGAUGCUCCUUUUGCUUGCCGAUGUGGUGCAAGAUUCAGACGAAGACAAGCGGCUGCUUUACAUCGAUGUGCGAGCGCUGGAUGCGAGCCCGACACUCCAAGUCCUCCAGUCGCAACUGCAUCUGAUUGGCGUUGGGACGAGUGGCCCGAGCAGACGGAGCCCGAGGAUCUAUCACUGCCGCGGCGACCGGCCACGCCGGAUUCGCCGACCGACUUGCGCAUGCACUCCGCGUAGUCGUCGUGCGCCUCUUAAGCGCGCCGCUGAGCCGGUAUACGAGUUCCUCCCCCGUA